AUAAAAUUUUCAAGUUUGCCAAGUUGUCUUCCUAAUUAUUAAAAAAUUCUAAAACUAGUAUUGUAUUCUAGUACAAACUUGUGUUGUAAUGAAGAGUUUAAUAAUCGCAAAAUCUUUAAUAUUUAUUUUAUAUCCGUUCUGGUAAAAAGUUCAUUGUUCAACCAUCUAAAGAUGCGUGAAACAAAAUAAGCGAUUACUUUUUUGGCUUAAAAGAACUAAAUUCUCCGAUCAAACUGUUUACAAACUUACUGUCUCUGAAGCAGAAAUUUUUGACAGCUGACACAAAAAUAAUACAAACUCGAUCCUCAUUAACUUUUAUCUUUACAUUAUUAGUGAAAUAUAAUAAAUCAGUUCGAAAUUAAACGUCAAUAUGAAAUAGCUUUUGACAACUUAUUAUAUUUUUAUACAAAUUUACAUUUAUUAUUAUUUACAAUUUACACAAAUAAUAACCGAUUUCAAUUAUUUACUUGUCUAUAAUCGCAGUUCGGUCAUAAGUUGUGUGGUAGGUAUGGGGAUACCCACGUAGAACUAAAUAUGAGUAAGUAUUGGCUAUAAAGUCAUUGAGUGAUUAUUUUGUCAUUUAAAUUAGUUCAUAUUUUUUAAAUUACUUAAAUAAAAUAAACUUCUUAUUUAUUUAUUUACACUUCGUUACCAUAAUAUACAAAAUUAUAUACAUAAAAAAACAAAAAAACCUCCUUAGAGGUGGCUCGGACAUAGAUUUUAAAACCUAACUACAGACUACGAAUAGAUGAUAUUAGGUACAAUAUAUUAAAUCAAAGUGAAUAUCAAUUGAAAAAACGUCAGUCAAAACGGCAUAUGCUUUGAGUUACGUAUUCUAAAUAUUUCGAACUUUAAUAUCUGCCAAAUAACUUACGACGAAAAAAAAUUCUCCGGAUUCAACAAUUUAGAUUGUGAUGCUGACAACGCGCGCCAAAUUCAGCCACAGUAUGGGUGGCAAAUGGCGAUUUUGAAUCAACAUCAAAUGAGCCGUUCACAUCGUAAACUAAAACUGUUAUUUCAGAUGUGUGUGCGCGUGUGGCUUGAGGUCGGUCAUGCGUGUGAGCCGCGUCGCGCCGCAUCGGGUCGCGCGUUGGCACUCGACUGGAGCGUGUUCGUGCGAGGCGCGCACGGCGCCGACAUUAGCGCCUUUGUGCACAAGGUCGUCUUCCACCUCUACCCGGCUAGCGCUUUCGUCUAUCCUAAGAGAGUUCUUCAAGAGCCGCCGUAUGAGAUCCAGGAGUCGGGCUGCUCCUCCAUAGAUAUCCCGAUACACGUGUACCUAAAGUACAGCACUAAACCAAAGAGAAUACGCCUCAGAUACAGUCUGCACAUAGAAAAUAACAACGAGGCUAGUUCGGAGUCGAGGUGCGUUUAUUACGACGUAAACAACCCCUCGGAGCAGCUAUACAACGCCUUGAUGAAGGGCGGCGGUGAGGUAAUCGCGCGAACCAGCACCGCAGAUGCCAAUCACAAGCUUCUUGUGUUGUUCGAUGAGGAGAAGAAAGACUUGAAAAUACCACGCUCUAAAAGGUACAAAUUUGUGGAGCCACUUCGUUGUAAACACGCGCCAAAAACCAAAUACAUUCUUGAAGAAAUAUGUCCUAAAUGUGGAGAUUCAAUUAACGCGGAUUUUAGGAAACAAUUGCGUGCUGUUGAUAUGACACAAGACGAAAUUGAACGAGUCUCGCACUUGUAUUUGUCAUUCAAUAGUUACGAGAAGUCCUUGAAUGCGAUUAAGUUGCCCUCGUUUUCAGAUCCAAUUUAUAGAGUGCCAGAGCUACCGAUAUCCCUACGCGGUGCCCUCGGAGAUGUGAAAACGGAUUAUACGGUGUUAUAACGUGCCUUGCAAUCGACAUAUUUGUGCCAUUAGAAUAGAGAAAUAUUAUAUUUUUUCACACGAUUGUAUGUGCAAAUUUGAGAAAUUAUUCUUAAACUAGAAUUUAUUUACACGUUUUAAUGUUACCCUUGGGGUUAUAGAAUAUUUUUUUAUACAUUACCUAGGAUCUAACAUACAAAAUAUUGUUUGUUAAAUAAUUUUUAAAGCGUGCUGUGAUGAAGAUCUCAGAAUUAUUUACUUGAUAAAUAGUUUUUUUUAAUUAACAUUAUAUUAAUGUAAUAUUGAAGUUCUUAAUAUAAAUAAGCUAAAUCUAACGAAUAAUGAAAUAGGUAUUGUGCUCAAAAGUCAAAUAUGUAAAAAAAUAUCGUACAUUUUACACUCAUUACAGGGUACUUUUACGUAAAUUUAAAUGGUAAAACUAAAUGCGUUUUGUUUUUAUAGUAAGGAUUUUGUUUUGUUAUAAAAAAUGAUCAUUUCGAAAAUAAUUUAUGACUAUGAUAAUUCGGAAAGUUUAAUGUUUUAGUUAAAAUUUUUGUAGUCCUAAGUUAUAAGAUAUGUUGUUUUAUUUAUUUUACCGGAGACUCCAA